UUAACACCUUUUUAAGAUGCCGAGUUCUGUUUAGGCCACUUUUUCUGCCCACCAAUGCAAACCAACUAUGUAAAAGUAAAACACUGGUACCAAAGAAAAAAAAGCAUUCUUUUUCAGCUGUAAGCUAUUUUGUUCUUGGGUUGGGUGCUGCAAGCUCUUCUCCCCCUCUCUCUCUCUGAUGGGUUUUGGUUUUGGAAGCAGAUACAAGGAACAUCUUUUACUCAAAGGUUCAACCUUCAAGCCCGUAGUAGCCUAGCUUAUGGGCACGCCAAAGUUCAGUUCUUUAUCCCGACAGGGGCUUGAAGGCAACGUCUGGGUUCACUGAGGAAAACAAAAUACGGAAGAAAAAUGCGUGGCCUGAAGCUCGUUGAACGCUUUAAGAGCACCCAAGUUCAUGCCCUCAAUUCAGAAGGCACUAGCAGGAGAAACAAGGCCACUGGGGGAGCCAUCACAAUCAGAUCACUGGUGUCAAAGUCCAAAUCCAACACCACGAAAACCUCAGCAGUUGCAAACCAUGUUGUUCCUCUUCAGCUCCCAGCUGCUGACUCUCUUGAGCCUUCCAUAGAACCUUAUCUUAAACCCAUCAACCUCGUGGAGGCCUUGGCAGAACUUUACCACAGGCAAGAGUGCUGCCUUCAAUCUGAGAAAGCAUCACUUUCUGUGGAGCAGUUCACUUUAUUGCGCGGCCUUGGAGACCAGAAGCUUCUUAGGAGAUGUAUNAGAACAGCNCGGCAAAACGCUGGGNAUGUGCUUUCCAAGGNUGUGCUUUCGGCAUGGUUGAGGUUUGAGAGGAGGGAGGAUGAACUUGAGGGUUUGUCUUCAAUGGAUUGUGGUGGUUGUGUUAUUGAAUGUCCAAAGGGGAAUUUGGUGCAUGGGUUUAAUCCUUGUUCAAUCAAUGAUAGGUGCCAGUGUCCUCAAUGGACGAAACAGGAAACUAACACAGAAGAAAGUGUGCGUUUGGGUUUGCCAGAUGAGGAAAAUGAUAUUUCUUUUUGCAUUGGGAGUGAGGAAAUUGAUUGUGUUAGGUGGAGAAUUGCAGCUCUAUCUGACACUUUUAAGGCUAUGCUUUAUGGUGGCUUUGCUGAGUCCAAGAUGACGAAGAUUGUUUUCAGCCAAAAUGGGAUAUGCUCUACGGGUAUGAGGGCUGUGGAGUUGUAUAGCAGGGCUAAGACAAUAGAUUUUUUCUGUCCCAUGACUGUUUUGGAGUUGCUUUCCUUUGCCAAUAGGUUCUGUUGUGAGGAGAUGAAAGCUGCUUGUGAUGUUCAUUUGGCUUCAAUUGUCGAAAGUGUUGACGAUGCAUUGAUAUUUGUUGAUUAUGGGUUGGAAGAGAGAGCACCCCUUCUUGUGGCUUCCUGCUUACAAGUACUGCUCAGGGAGCUACCAAAUUCUUUGUGUAAUUCUAAUGUGAUGAAUAUAUUUUGUAGUUCUCAGGGAAGGAAAAGGUUGGCCACGGUGGGGUAUGAUUCUUUUUUACUGUACUAUUUUUUGAGCCAGGUGGCUAUGGAGGAAAGCAUGGUGUCAAAAACUACAGUGAUGUUACUAGAAAGGCUGGGGGAGUGUGCUACUGAAAGGUGGCAGAAGGCCCUUGCCUUCCACCAAUUGGGGUGUGUGCUGCUUGAAAGGAAAGAGUAUAAAGAUGCUCAGCAUAGUUUUGAGGCAGCAGCUGAAGCAGGUCAUUUGUAUUCUGUGGCUGGUGUGGCCAGAACCAAGUACAAGCAGGGUCAACCAUAUUCAGCCUAUAAGUUAAUUAGUUCUCUCAUGUUUGAGCACAAGCCUACUGGGUGGAUGUAUCAGGAACGUGCUCUUUACAAUAUGGGAAAGGAAAAAGGGGUUGAUUUGGAUGUUGCAACCGAAUUGGACCCCUCUCUUUCAUUUCCGUAUAAAUAUAGAGCCCUUCUAAAGGCGGAGGAGAAGCAGAUAAGUGCUGGAAUUUUAGAGCUUGAUAAAAUAAUUGGAUUUAAGCUCUCGCCUGAUUGCUUAGAAUUCCGGGCUAGGAUGUUUAUUGCACUUAAGGAUUAUGACAGUGCCAUAAGAGAUAUCAGGGCAUUGUUAACUUUGGAACCAAAUUAUAUAACUUCAAAUGAAAAGAUCGCAGGCAAAUACUUAGUUCAUCUCCUUAGACAUGUGGUGCGGCAAAAGAGUCAGGCUGAAUGCUGGAUUCAGUUAUAUGAACAAUGGUCUUCUGUAGAUGAUGUUGGUUCUUUGGCUAUCAUACAUCAGAUGCUGGAGAAUGAUCCUGGAAAGAGUCUGCUGGAGUUUCGUCAGUCUCUACUCCUAUUGAGGUUAAACUGUCAAAAGGCUGCAAUGCACAGUUUGAGGAUGGCGAGAAACCAUUCCAGUUCAAUGCAAGAAAGGUUAAUUUAUGAAGGAUGGAUAUUAUAUGAUACAGGCUAUAGGGCUGAAGCGCUGGCUAGGUCUGAUAGAUCAAUUACAAUUCAGAGAACAUUUGAAGCCUAUUUUCUAAAAGCAUACGUGUUAGCAGAUACGAGUAUGGAUCAUGAAUCUGCUUCUCACGUUAUUGAACUUCUGGAAGAAGCACUUAAGUGUCCUUCAGAUGGUCUUCGUAAAGGGCAAGCACUCAAUAACUUAGGGAGUAUUUAUGUAGAUUGUGGUAAGCUUGAUCUUGCAAAAGCAUGCUAUGAGAACGCCCUUGCAAUUAGGCAUACACGAGCUCAUCAAGGUUUAGCACGUGUUUAUCAUCAGAAAAAUCAAAGAAAAGCUGCAUAUGAUGAGAUGACCAAGCUAAUUGAGAAGGCAGAGAGCAAUGCCUCAGCAUAUGAGAAACGAUCAGAAUACUGCGACCGCGAGAUGGCAAGGGUUGAUCUGAAUGUUGCAACCCAACUGGAUCCAUUAAGGACAUAUCCAUAUAGAUAUAGGGCAGCAGUGAUGAUGGAUGAGCAAAAAGAGUCUGAAGCUGUAGAUGAGCUCACCAAGGCCAUAAAUUUCAAACCUGACUUGCAAAUGCUUCAUCUCCGAGCAGCAUUUUAUGAGGCAGUAGGAGACCUAUCUUCAGCUCUUCAAGAUUGUCAAGCAGCUUUAUGCUUAGACCCCAACCAUACGGACACGCUAGACCUGUAUCAGAGGGCGCGAAAAUUAAGCUUUUAAUCAUAAACGACAAGCACAUCAAAUGUCUACAAUGUGAAGAUCUUGGUUAGAAAAUUGCUGGGGCGUCCCAACUUUGUUAGACACAAGGAGAGGGGACAUACACGAUCAAACUGUUGAAAUAAUGCCAAAACUCCCAAGAAGCAAAGCCUGGAUGAUUCAAGGAAAAGAUGGAGUAAUGUGGAGGAGGAUGACUCAGGUGUACAUCGGAAGAUGUUUAGAGCAGUAACACCGUUAUCCAAUAUACAUUCUUGUGAUCCUUGUGCACAUAAUUGUCUCACUAUUCACACAUUUGUACAGUGACAGGGUUAUGAUUAUAGAGAUUCACACUUUGUUUACUAAAGUGUAUAUCUAUUGCAUUUAUUUAUAGAGAUCCACAGCAAAUCA